GUCGUGCGCUUACGCUUAUUCACGGUCACAGCUACGCAUAUUCUUCCAGCCUUGAGGAGCCCCGCUUCAUCGACCAAACGAAAACGACUACGCAAGUGACAUAGAAUGUCCCAGGAAAUAUCCUGUUGUCUCUCAAUUAGAAGCGCUGAAAGUCAUUCAAGAUGGUGUUAGAAAGUAUCUCCAAGAUGAUCAAAACGCAACUCCCAACCUACCUCAAGAAACUACCCAUUCCAGAUACAAUCAGCGGCUUUGCGAGACUUACAGUUUCAGAGUGGUUGCGGCUCCUACCCUUAUUGGGGAUUUUGGCUCUGUUGGGUUAUCUGACCAUCCGGCCCUUCCUGCCCAAAAAGCAAAAGCAAAGAGACAGUCUAAUAAAUCUGAAGAUCCAAAAAGAAAACCCUAAAGUGGUGAAUGAGAUCGACAUAGAGGACCUGAGGACUCCAAAUGUUUGUUACUGCCGAUGCUGGCGAUCUAAAACGUUUCCUGUUUGCGAUAAGUCACACAUAAAGCAUAACGAGCUGACAGGAGACAACGUUGGUCCACUUAUUCUUAAGAAGAAGACUCUGUAGCCUUCCUGCUUUGGCCCACAUU